UCCCCUAAGCCACCGACUCAUCCCUUCUGAGAAAAAUUGGUAACAAGCUUAAUUUUUCCCUUCCUUUUCUUGUUAAAGAACUGAUUUUAGGACCUAGAACCCUCCCUUUGAAGUGGGAAUUUAAGAUCUGCUCUGUUUCUUCCCCUCGGUCUGUCCGCUGUUCUGCUGGGUGUGAAUCCUUCGGGAUUUUUGUUUUCAUGAUUUGUUCUCCAGUCUCCGUCGGCCUCCAUACCCGCCAGCUCCGGUUUUGGCUGCUGGAAAAAUACUGAUUCCUGAUCGUUCUGUCAGUUAGCACUGAGAUCGAGUCUUCGGUUUAUGCGAGUGGAGUAAGUAACUUAUGGUAAUGCCCUAGAUUUAAGGUAAAGCUUUUAAAAGCAAAUUUUGAUGGUUUUGAAAUGGUGGCGGGACUAAACCCGUUUUACACGAGCAUGACUGAUUUGAAGUGAAAUUUUUAUGCUUUUCAUUAAAUUGAGCAUGCCUACUUGAAAUUUAAUUGAUUGUCCUGAUGAUCUGAAAGUGAUUGGUGAAUUUUGAUUUUUCUGUUAAAUCCAUGCCCACAUGGAAAUUUUCUAGGUUAUUCGUGAAAUUGAGUGAUUGUGAAUCAUCGAUUUUUCUGUAAAUCUUACCUGGUUUUGUCCCCGAUAUGGUCAUGUUAUUCGUGUACCCGCUAGUGGGAGAUUUAUAAACGCUAGCACAUGUCGACAUAUUAUUGAUAGAACCGAUUAGUUUGAGUGACCCUGCUAGUCGGGGUUAUACACUAGUAAAUCGUGUGCCUGCCAGUGGGAGGUUUAUAACACUGGUCAUGACCUAUAGAGGAGACGUCUAUUUGGUUCCCGUACUGUAACUGUUUUUCGUGAUUGUACUUGUUGGCAUGCUUUAAGUUUAACAAAGGGCACUCCAUAUUUUACUUACUGAGUUAUCUCACCUCUUUAUUAUCUUCAUAGUUUCUCCUUUUAAUGGGGCCCACAUAAAAAUUUAUUUUCUCUUUUCCAUUUUCAAUCAAAUUCCCCAAAAAUCACAGUUUUCUUCGUUUCUCCUUUCAUUUCCUUUUCAAAUUAAAAACCCUAAAAACCAAUCAGAUCAUCCUUCUUAUUCUUUCUCUCCAAAAUCAAAAUCAAAAUCAAAGUCUCUCUUUUCCCUUCAUCCUUUCCGGUGUUCCGCCUCUUCUUUCCCUGAGAAGCAUCACACGAAUCCACCUAAAUCUGAUGAUGUCGCGGAGCUGCCUCUGUUCCCUCUGCCACUGGUUCUCUUCCCCGGUGCCAUUCUUCCAUUGCAGAUCUUCGAGUUCCGCUACC